AUGUGGGAGAAUAAACUAGUGAAAGCUUCACAGAGCAUUGUGCGUUGCUUUUCGCUGUCCUCCAGAAAAUGUUUGUUCGAUAAAUCGCCUCCAAAAAUCCCGAUGAUCUCCCCGCUGUUGAAUCAUCGAAUGCUUGGAAAAUCUCACUUCAUGUCCACUGUAGACGAAGAAACAAUUAUAGAAUUGCUGCAAAACAUCUCAGAAAUACCAGUUUCUGUUUCCGAAGUGAAAUAUGUUAACUUUGCCGAUCUUCCGCAUUCGAAAAGGCUUCCUACUCUUCCUAAAGACUUGAGUGAAAAGUCAAUCGUCGAUUAUGUCAAUAAACUCGUCCAGUAUAGGUAUCCACGUUCUUUUACAAAUCAAAUAGGAGAGGCACUUUUGGAAAUAGUGCUAUCAUCUCCAGAGCUUCUCACAAAAAAACAUUAUUUGAGCAUAAUACUUUUUUAUCAUUUUCAUACAAACCAUAAGGUGGGACUCCAGGUUCUCAAUUUAAUGAUAGCCAAUACUCAGAUAAGGCAAGAUAUAGAUUUUGACAAUGUUUUGAUGUCCCCCACUGUACGGCCUCCUGUAUAUAGACAAAUAAUCGAAAGGCUAGAUACUUUGAAAGGAAAAGACUUUGCUGCAAAUACCAACACUUGGUAUUACUUGUUCAAUGUGUUUAAGAACCCAGAACCUAAGAUUAAAAUGCUUGAGCUGAUGGGAGAGUACAAGGUGUCUCUCAAGCCUGUGCUUGGAUCUCUUUCUCCUAUAAUAGAGUAUUUCACACCGGAACAAUUGACUGAUUUGUAUCAAUCUGAGGGAUGUUUUCUAGAGAACGGAGAGAUAGACCCUGUCUUAGUCAACCAGUUGGUGGCUUGUUACUUGAAAGAUUCUAGAGUUGACGAGGUGUGGUCAAUGAUACAAAAUAAUUCGGAUUUGGAGAAGUUUAUCACUCCCGGUUUGUUUGUUGUAUUUGCAAAUCAUUUUUUAAAGAAUAAUCAACUAGCGUUUGCUAUUGCAUUUGCAGAUUAUUUACAAAAAAAUUAUAAGGUGAAAACAACUCCGAUUUUAACAAGUAUGAUCUUGAAUGUCUACUUGAAGGAUUGUCCAUUCUUUGACCGCUGGCUCAGUUUAGUGAGAAUUUUUAUGCCAGGUGUAAAGAGGUAUCAUGUGUUCUUGAACACGAAGACCAUAUCAAAUUUGAAUGAUUAUUGCAGUCUUUAUAAAAUCAGCAACGACUUCGAUGUAAUGGAGGGUCAAGAUUUUACCACCAUGAAGGCUAUCUAUAGCGAUUUGGUAUGGAAUGAUAAGCCAACCUUUGAAUUAUCUGAAAAUAGUCCUGAUUUUAUCAAAACUGCAAAAUUUAUCGGGCAAUCGCAGUGA